GAAUCUGUGUCAUUCUGUCAAGCUGGACGUGACGUGAGUUUUCAUAAAUUGGACUGGACAAGACUAAUAUUUGAGCCUCAGAAAAUGGAACGAAAAAUGCUUUUUGAAAUUCCUAGAGGCUUUCCUUUUCAGUUGUUAAAUAUUUAGUAUCUUUUUGAACCCAAUCUUUCUAUUUUCACAGAUCACUUGUGUCAUGUUUGGAAAGCUAAGAGUUAGACUAAAUCUGACGUGUAUAUAUGAAAGCUACGUACCGUUACUUGUUAUAUAUUAUGAUUUUUUAAAAAUGUAAAUCGAGUUCUUAAUAUGGAAGUAUCUUUUUACUAAAACUGAAACAUUCCUUUUAUGAUAAGUUUAUAACACACAAGAAAACAGGAAACAUUGACAUAUAAGAAAGGAGAAUAUAUACCCCUUACGUCAAAUAUAUAUAUAUAUAUAUAACAGCCUCUUGAAUCAUAAAGUUAACAUCAUAUUCAUCUCUUCUCAUCUCUUACAAAGAAAACAAAAACAUGAAGUUCUUCGUUUCAGUUGUAAUGUUUUUUCUCCUCUUAAACUGUUUCGCAGCCGCGCAAACUUUGAUUCGAGAUUCUUGCAAAACAGCUGCAGCAAAAGAUCCUAAUCUCAAAUAUGAUUUUUGCGUCCAAUCACUUGAACAAGAUCCGCAAAGCAAAACUGCAACUAGUCUAUCAGGAUUAGUCCUAGCGUCAACGAAUAACGCUGCGUCCAAAAUAAUUAACGUGAAAGGGAUAGUUGAGAUUAUUCUCAAGAGCAAAAAGUAUCAACCGGGUACUGAACCCGCGUUACGCACUUGCGUAGAACUUUAUGACGAUGCUAAUGAUUCUUUAAAAGAAGCUUUGAUGAACGUUAAAUCCGAUGAUUACAGAAGUGCUAAUGUGCAUCUGAGUGCUGCUUUGGAUGAACCGAACACUUGUGAGGAUGGUUUCAAAGAGAAGCACACGAAAUCUCCCGUUACAAACGAGAACAAUAUUUUGUUUCAGAAGAUUUUGAUUCCUUUAGCUUUUACAAAUAUGCUCUGAUGAAAUUACCAUAAGUUCUUGUAUUAUGUAAUAUGGAUUUUUAUUUACCUAAUAAUAAAUUUAAGAGCAGAAGAACAUUAUUUCACUGGAAAUUUUUGCUACUAUUUGAAACUUUUUUUAAAAAAAAAACAGUAAAAAUAAUAUCUGUAAAAAAAAAAAAAUUUAAUGAGCAAACUCAACAAAUCAUGACUUAUCCAAAGACCUUAAGGUUACUAUUAUUUCAAUAGUAUAACUAAAAUAGCUUCGCACACAUUUUAUAGGUUUGAAUUCUAAUCCUAUUUGUGUAUAAUUGGACAUUUAUUCUGAAAGUCUUUUACAUGCGUUUUCCAGGGAGGAAUAUGAGUGUGUUAGCCUUGUGGUUAACUAUACAAUGAGUUGAAGAAUAGUGUGAACUUCUUCUCGUGUUGAACUAUGUCAAGUGGAGUGAUACGUGGACACCAAGUAAGGCCCUGUUCGUUUCGUGGUCGCCAGCGUCAGCGACCAGAGUCAGCGACCAGCGACUGCGACAUGAUGUCGCUGAUAGUUGUUCGUUUGAAGGUCGCGCGAUUGAUCGCAGCGGUUGUCGCUAUGCUGUUCGUUUCUAUGUCGCGCGAUUGAUCGCAGCGGUUGUCGCUAUGCUGUUCGUUUCUGUAUCGCUGGCGACCAAAUAUUUACUUUUGACAUACAUUUGCUCUUGUGUACUUAGGUUUCGUCAAAAACGUGGCUAAAUCAUUAAAACUGUAAAGUGUAAUAAAUCACACCAUGGAUGCAAUAUGUUUAAUCAUUUCAAUUUCUUAUAUUUUUCCUUGUA